AUGACGAUGUCGGCGCCCCCAACACCAUUCCAAGACGGAGUAACGCCUCUCAAGACCAAAGGAGAAAUAGAUGAGGUUCGUCUGGAGGCUGCUCUGGGUCAUAAGCAGGAGUUAAAGCGAAAUUUCGGCCUGUGGAGCUUGACAAGCUUGGGUAUUGUGAUUGCUAAUUCCUGGGCAUCGACUGGAGGGACAAUUGUUGUCGCCCUACAAAAUGGCGGUCCGAUGGCCGUGAUCUAUGGUCUCGUACUUGUUAGCAUCUUCUAUACUGCAAUUUCGGCGUCGUUGGCAGAAUUGGCUUCGUCCAUGCCCUCUGCGGGCGGCGUAUACUACUGGUCCUCUGUGAUAAGUCAUAAUCAUGGUCGCAGGACAGGAUUCUUCACCGGUUACCUGAACGCCUGUGCAUGGCUGUUGUCGGCGUCAUCGAUGAGCUCGAUGCUGGGGAAUGAAGCGGUGGCAAUGUACCUUCUCAAACACACGAGUGUUGACUGGCAUGCGUGGCAAGUUUUCAUCGUUUUUCAAAUCGUCAAUUGGACCUGCUGCGCCAUUGUAUGCUUUGGAAAUCGCUUCAUCCCUCACAUCAAUCGAAUCUCUCUCAUACUAUCAAUGUGCGGCCUGGUCGUGACGGUAAUCGUGCUUGCUGUGAUGCCGAAGCAGCAUGCCAGCAGCGCCCAGGUCUGGAAGGAAUACCAUAAUAUGACUGGUGGAUGGUCCGAUGGGGUUUGCUUUAUGACAGGACUGUUGAACGCUGCCUUUGCAGUUGGAACCCCUGAUUGUAUCAGCCAUCUAUCCGAGGAAGUGCCGAAGCCCGAAUUAAAGGUACCUCAGGGUAUCAUGCUGCAAAUGCUGACUGCCUUCGUCUCUUCCUUCGUCUACCUGGUGGCCUUAUUCUAUGCUAUUGAAGACCUCGACGCGGUAUACCGCAGUCCGAUUGGCUUCUUCCCCACUGCCGAGAUCUAUCGACAGGCCACAGGCUCCAAUGCUGGCGCAAUUGGCCUCAUAGCAGUCCUAUUCCUGGCCACGUUCCCAACCUUGAUCGGAACGUUCGUCACUGGCGGACGCAUGUGGUGGAGUCUUGCUCGAGACAACGCGACUCCCUUCGCCAGCUAUUUUGCUCACGUGGAUCCGAAUCUCAACUGCCCCGUUCGCGCAACAGUUGCCAUGAGCGUACUUGUCACUUGUCUGGGAUGUAUCUAUGUCGGCAGCACCACGGCCUUUCAGGCGCUCAUAUCAUCUUUCAUUGUACUGAGCACGCUCUCCUACUUCGGCGCCAUCCUGCCACACGUCCUGUCGAGCCGACGCAACAUGGUCCCUGGGCCCUUCUAUAUGGGCCAGAAACUUGGCAUGGUGGUCAAUGUUGCUGCGCUGGCGUAUAUCUUGGUCACCGUUGUUUUCUUCUGCUUCCCGCUCGUUCUUCCCGCCACCGCGCAGAAUAUGAACUACACCAGCGUUAUUGCUGCAGGCUUGAUGGCUUUAACAACGCUGUGGUGGGUUCUCCGGGCCCGACAUGAAUAUCAGGGCCCCCAAUAUAGCUUCGAGGCCGCGGAGAGAUUGAGCGCGUUCCAGACGGGCAAGGAGGGACGCCGCUCUUUCAUUGACGUUGCGAGUCCGUCGCCUACAUCUUGUCAUGAUGAUCAUAUACAUGUGAGGUGA